AUGAUACAGGUGUCGCACGAAAGUGAGCGUGAAAAUUUGUACUCACCAUCCAUGGCGGCGGAAUUCGGGAGUACGGGUGGCAGUCGGGAAUCGAUCGACGAAGAUCCUGGAGAAGGAGGACUUGGAAUCCGUCGCAAUUGCACCAAACUCAGCAUUCAAUUAGAACGGAGUCCGUACACUCAACACGAACUCUGCGACUCGUUCGACUACCGCGUCAAGGAGUCCACAGGCUACGUGGAACGAACAAGAAGCGCAGCAAGGCACCGGUUAAAACGAUGCGCGGAGUGUCGACCGAAGGAGGCCUUGUUCGCCCGCCUGCCGAUCUUGAAAUGGCUGCCGAAUUACGAAUACCGUAGGGAUUUCGUGCCGGACAUGAUUGCAGGCGUCACGGUAGCUGUCAUGCACAUCCCUCAAGGGAUGGCUUACUCAAUGUUGGCAGGGAUGCCAGCAGUGAAUGGACUGUACAUGGCCUUGUUUCCAGUGUUGACAUAUAUUUUGUUCUGCAAUUCUCGCCACAACUCAAUGGGUACUUUUGCUGUGGUUAUGCUGAUGACUGGGAUCCUAGCUGACCAACUCCUGGCCAAGCAUGGAGAAUACUCAGAGGAGACUAAAACUGGGUACACACAUGUGCAAGUGGCCACCAUAAUUGCAUUUUCUGUGGGAUUCUGGCAGUUGCUCAUGAGUUUCUUGAGGCUGGGAACAUUGUCAGUCCUCUUGUCAGAUGUUCUCAUCAGUGGGUUCACAACUGGAGCAGCUGUGCAUGUGUUCACCUCUCAACUCACAGGGCUCUUUGGAUUGCGCUUGUCAGAGUCUCAAGAGUUCCCCAAGAUUUUAAGGACACAUUAUAAUGUUGUGGCCAAUCUGUUUGAGUCAAAUGUGGUUGCUGUGAUUGUGUCUGCUGCCACCAUGGGUGCCAUGGCCAUCAACAAUGAAAUCAUCAAGCCAAGGUUGGCCAAAAAGUGUCCUGUUCCUGUGCCCAUUGAACUCAUUGCUGUGGUCAGUGGAACCCUCUUGUCUUACUACAUGCAGCUUCAUGAGAAGUACAAAUUGCCAAUCAUUGAGACUGUACCAACUGGUUUGCCACCAGCCAUCACACCACCAUUAGAACUGAUGAAAGAAGCUCUCUCAGGCUCAGUGAUCAUAGCAGUGGUGGCAUACACAACAUCCUACUCCUUGGAAAGGAUGUUUGCCAAGCACCACAAUUAUGAGUCAGACCCAAACCAGGAGUUGUUUGCCCAAGGGAUGGCAAAUGUGGUUGGGUCCUUCUUCAGUUGUGCCCCAGUUGCUGCAUCCAUGUCCAGGAGUCUUGUGCAGCAGACUGUUGGAGGUGCCACUCAGAUCUCAAAUGUAGUGUCCUGUGGGAUCCUGAUCUUCAUUCUGCUCUUCAUGGGCUCAUAUGUGGAACCUCUACCCAUUUGCAUUUUGUCAUCCAUCAUAGUGGUGUCCCUGAAGGGUAUGUUUGCCCAAUUUGGGGACCUGGUGGUGGCCUGGAGAAGCAGCAAGUUGGAUGCCUUCAUAUGGUUGGCAACCUUUGUGUCUGUGGUGGGAGUGGACAUAGACUUUGGUCUGGCAGUGGGAGUCUGUGUAUCUCUGGUCACUUUGCUGUGGAGGAACCAGCGAGCUUAUGCUUGCACCCUUGGAGAAAUUCCAAAUACUGGGAUCUAUGUUGACCUCCAGAGAUAUGCUGCUGCAGAGGAGAUACACAAUGUCAAGAUUUUCCACUAUGGUGCAGGAUUGCAUUUUGCAAACAGAGACUAUUUCAGAGAGGAAUUGGUGAACCUGACUGGCUUGGACCCUGUGAAAUGGCAUGAGCAGGCCCUGAAGAAGAUCAAAAAGGAGGGCAGGUCUUUGGACAGGGCCCUGAAAAGGGCAGCUGAGGUGGCAGCCCUGGAGGAGCUUAAAAGUCAAAAGAAGUCCAGAUUCUGGUCCUGCUGCCUGAAUAAGCCACCCAAGGAUCAUAAUAACCAUGCUAUUAAUAACAAACAUUCAGAAAUCUCUCCAUCAGUGAGCCAAGAGGAAUCUCAGAAUGGCAGCUCCAACAAGGACUCCUCAAUAGACAUGUCAAAAGCAGGAGAGCACUUGGCAGCAGCAAUGUCUGGAGUGCACCUGAGGAAGAUGAGUGUCCACUUUGACACCAAUGGCAACCCUUUGCCAUUUAGACAUCUGGUCAUAGAUCUCAGCGGAGUCAGUUUUAUUGACAUGUCUGGGGUCAAAUUACUCAGAGCUCUGCUGCAGGAUUAUGAGAAGAUUAAUGUCCAAGUGCUUUUUGCUGGACCCACUGAACCGGUUUUACACAUGUUCCGCAAGAUGGCCUUCACGAGCGACAUCUCUACAGACUACUUCUUCCCCACAGUCAACGAUGCAGUGGUCUGCUCAAGGUUCAAGAUAGUGGGCAUGAAAGGGAGGACAAUUUGCGAAAGCAAGCUCACCAUUUUGGCAGAAUCUGACGCAGCGAAUGUGGUGUAA